AUGGCUUGGGAUACAGACGAUGGACGCAUUGACAUCGACUAUAAUUCGCGCUUAGUGCGAACCUUCUCGAAUUUCUUCCCUUCCACGGUACCCGAAGACUCACAGUCAGCUCCUCCUGACUACGACUUCAAGGUCCCGCCGAGUCAGACAUGGGAUAUUAAACUUAACCUCGUCAUCCAGGUCGUGGGUAGUCGUGGAGAUGUACAACCCUUCAUCGCUCUGGGUUGUGAACUACAGAAAUAUGGACACAGGAUUCGGCUCGCAACUCACGAUAUGUUUGCCUCAUUUGUACGAAAGGCUGGUCUUGAAUUUUACCCCAUAGGAGGUGAUCCGGCAUCACUAAUGGCCUACAUGGUCAAGAACCCAAGUCUCAUGCCAUCCAUGAAGACAAUGAUGUCGGGUGAGAUUGGUCGCAAACGUCAGAUGGUCGCAGAGAUGUUGUCAGGCUGCUGGGACUCGUGCAUCUUGCCUGAUACACUGACAGAUGAGCCCUUCGUUGCCGAUGCCAUCAUCGCAAAUCCUCCGAGCUUUGCACAUGUGCAUUGUGCACAAGCCUUGGGUAUCCCAGUGCAUCUCAUGUUCACGAUGCCUUGGAGCGCCACCCGCGCUUUUCCUCAUCCACUAGCAAACUUAUCAAACGUCGACGGCGACCAUGCGGCAGCCAAUUACUUAUCAUAUCAUGUGGUAGAAUGGAUGACGUGGCAAGGGUUGGGUGAUGUGAUCAAUGAUUGGCGCGAGAGUAUUCAGCUUGAGCCUAUCAACUUGCUUGAUGGACCUGCUUUGGCCAAGAUGCUCAGAGUUCCAUUCACGUACUGUUGGUCACCGGCAUUGGUACCCAAGCCUCGCGACUGGCCCGAGUAUAUCGACGUCUGUGGAUUCUUCUUCCGGGACACACCAAAAUACACGCCGAAGUCUGAUCUCGCCGACUUCUUAGCCGCAGGACCUCCGCCUGUGUACAUUGGCUUCGGCAGCAUCGUGCUCGACGAUCCAGCAAAGAUGCUGGCCACAAUUCUCGAGGCCGUGAAGAUCUCUGGUGUUCGGGCCAUCAUCUCGAAAGGAUGGUCGGAGCUUGGAGGCGAUGCGGGCGAGAACAUAUACUACAUUGGCGACUGUCCUCAUGAAUGGCUAUUCCCACGUAUGGCAGCAGUCGUACACCAUGGUGGUGCAGGCACCACCGCUUGUGGUAUCAAGAAUGGAAUUCCGACGCUCGUCUGUCCGUUCUUUGGAGAUCAACCUUUCUGGGGCCAUAUGAUCGCUAGUGCGGGUGCUGGGCCUGAACCUUUGGCCCCUCGUGAUAUGACUGGUAUCACGCUCGCUGAAGCCAUCCGAUUCUUGAUCAGGGACGAAACAAAGGCAGCAGCGAUGGCAAUUGCUCAGCGUAUGGAGAGCGAAGAGGGAGUCCGGGCUGCAGUCGACUCUUUCCACAGACAUCUCCCUGUCGAGAUGAUGAAGUGCGAUCUGAUUCCAGACCAGCCAGCUGCUUGGAUUGUGAAAUCAGGCCGCAAGCAGAUUAAGAUGUCGAAAAUGGCGGUUGAGGUCAUAACAUCGCAACGCAGUGGAUUACGCAAGGACCUCAAGACCUACCAGUCGAAACCCAUCACGAUAGAACCCACUCGUUGGGAUCCCUUGAGCGGUGGAGCCUCUGCUGUACUAGCUACAUCCAUGGAUCUUACAGGUUGCAUCACCGGUAUGGUUACCCAGCCGAUCAAAGUAUACGGCGACGAGAAGCGAAGACAAAACAGAGCAGAUGCAAUCGGCGCGCUAGUUGAUGGACAACGACUAGAUGUGCCCGACCUCAAGAGCUCAGGCGCAAGCAUUCGUACAACCACAUCAACAAACUCACGUAGAUCAGAGCGUUCAGCAGGAGGCCAAGCAGCGUUGGCAGGAGUUAAAAGCAUCGUCAACUUUGCCCCCAAAGCGUUAAAAGGGAUGACAGUCGACAUUCCAAUGGCUAUAACAGAGGGUCUUCGCACGGCGCCGAGACACUACGGCGAUAACGUUCGAGACAAUGGCAAAGUGACUGGCGUAGGUAGUGGCUUUGCAGUCGCUGGCAAGACAUUUGCAUGGGGCAUGAUAGAUGGUAUAUCUGGUGUAGUUGUACAACCUUACAAGGAGGGCAAGAAGUCAGGAGCCUCAGGCGUGGCAACAGGUCUUGGUAGAGGGUUGGCUGGACUGGCAACAAAGACUGGAGCUGGAAUGUUUGGUAUGUUCGCGUACCCAGCAGCUGGUAUUGCCAAGAGUGUACGUUCUGCGGUGUACAGUCGCACACGGAAGCUUGUCGAGGCACAGCGCGGUGCUGAAGGUCAAUGGAUGGCUGAGCACCAAAAGUGGUCGGCAAGCGAGGUCGCCGCUCUGAUGGAGAAGUUCGACGCUUUGGGGUCUCAAGAUGGUCGGAGAGCAAAAGGAAAGGCCAAGCAAUGA